CCUCCCGAAUGGUAUUCCGACAACUCAAUCACGCUGUACACAUCAGAAUCAGCAUCUUCCAUUUCCACAACUACGAAAACAGUCGUCUCAUCAUCCGGUAGAGAGAUCCAGUAUGAUAAGUGUAUCAUAGCCACAGGCUCCGAUCCAUUUGUCCCGCCCAUCAAAAACCACAAUGCCAAAGGUUGUUUCGUUUACAGAACCAUUGAUGAUCUGAACAAUAUAAUAAGCUGGAGUAAAAAUGCUAAAAGAGGUGCAGUCAUCGGAGGAGGGUUACUAGGACUUGAAGCCGCCAAAGCAUUGCUGGAUCUGGGGUUAGAAGUAACCAUCAUAGAACGAAACAGCCACUUGUUAUCACGGCAAAUCGACAAUGAGGGUGGUCUAAUGCUCGAAAGCGAAAUCGAGAAAAUAGGUAUCAAGAAAGUUCUCCAGAACAGCCCGCGACAAAUCGAAAUCGACGACACUGGCAAAAUAACUGGCAUAACAUACAGUGACGGUCGCUUUGAUGAAUUCCAAAUCAUUGUCAUUGCUGCUGGCAUUCGACCGCGCGACAGCAUUGCGCGAGCUUCUAAUAUCGAUACUCAUCCACGUGGUGGUAUUCAAGUUGACGAUAGGCUGCAGACAAACGAUCCUCAUGUUUACGCUAUUGGCGAAGUCGCUUUACACCGUGGGGUCGUGUAUGGACUGGUAGCACCUGGUUACGAAAUGGCAGAUAUCGUAGCGGCUAAUUUGACAUCCAAGGCAAGGGAUAGAAAGUUCAAGGGUGGUGACUUGUCAUCCAAGUUAAAACUUUUGGGUGUGCAUGUUGCUAGUUUUGGUAAUUAUUUCGCAAAAGAGGAUGAGGCCAUGCCGUUGACUUAUAAAGAUCCCUUUGGCGCUGUAUAUAAGAAGUACUUGUUUACCAAGGAUGGAAAACAUCUGUUGGGCGGUAUUAUGGUUGGAGAUACAGACGAUUAUGCCAAAUUGCAUGCUUUAUGGAAAAGUAAGAAACCAUUGACGAUGGUUCCGGGAGAGUUAAUUUUGGGAGUCAAGUCGGGGCAGGCACCUGGGAUGGACGAGUUACCAGAUGAAGCUCAGGUUUGUUCGUGCAACAACGUUUCAAAAGGCGAAAUACGUGAAUCAGUUCGAACAGGCAACUGCCGCUCCAUAGGUGAAGUCAAAUCAUGCACAAAAGCGGGUACCGGUUGUGGUGGAUGUCUCCCAGAUGUCCAAGAAAUUUUUGCGGCAGAGAUGAAAGCAUGUGGCCACAAAGUUACCCAAAAUCUCUGUCCACACUUUGAUUAUACGCGUGUUGAACUAUUCCAAAUUAUCAAGAUUAAGCAAUUGAAAAGCUUUAGGGAGAUUAUCGAUACCGCUGGGAAGAAGGGCUCGCAUGGAUGUGAAGUAUGCAAGCCAGCCAUAGCAUCCAUAUUGGCCAGUUUAUGGAACGAUCAUAUACUCGAUCAUGCCAAUUUACAAGAUACGAACGAUAGGUUCCUGGCCAAUAUUCAACGUGGAGGAAGUUAUUCGGUAAUACCGCGCGUGCCGGGUGGUGAGAUUACUCCAGAAAAACUCAUUGUUCUCGGAGAAGUGGCCAAGAAAUACAAUCUGUACACCAAAAUUACCGGCGGACAACGUGUCGACCUCUUCGGGGCUAAUAAGCAAGACCUGCCGGAUAUCUGGGAACAACUGGUUAACUCCGGGUUCGAAUCCGGGCAUGCUUAUGGCAAGGCAUUACGAACAGUUAAAUCGUGUGUGGGAUCGACUUGGUGUCGAUAUGGAAUCGGGGACUCGGUCGGGUUUGCCAUUAAGGUCGAGAACAGAUACAAGGGAAUAAGGUCGCCUCAUAAACUUAAGGGAGGUGUUUCUGGGUGCAUUCGGGAAUGUGCCGAGGCACAAGGAAAAGACUUUGGCAUGAUUGCAACAGACAAAGGAUUCAAUCUGUACGUUUGCGGAAAUGGCGGAGCGAAACCUAAACAUGCAGUACUUUUAGCCAGAGACAUUUCAGAAGAACUGUGUAUAAAGUAUCUGGAUAGAUUUUUGAUGUACUACAUACACACGGCCGAUCGACUCACGCGCACCGCACGAUGGUUAGAGAAACUGGAAGGUGGAAUUGAGUAUCUAAGAAGAGUCGUAAUAGAUGAUUACUUGGGCAUCUGUGCAGAACUAGAAGCGGACAUGGCGCGUCUUAUCAACACGUACCAAUGUGAAUGGGCGACGGUAGUUCGUGAUCCUAAACGACGAGCCGAGUUUCGACAGUUUGUCAAUACAAGCGAAAACCAGACUCUUAUUGAAUUUGUCGACGAGCGCGGUCAAAACCGUCCUGCUGAUUGGCCCAAGGAAUUCCCCAAAACAGAAGAAACUGAACGGAUGGCCGCAAAAAAUGCACCCGUCAAUGGAAAAACAUGGAUGAAGAUUGCUCAUGUUGACUCGUUCCCCGAAGACGCCGGAGAUGUUAUUAAAUACGGAGACGUGCAAAUAGCCAUCUUCAAUAGUCAUAAUAAGACAAAGUGGUAUGCAACUCAAAACAUGUGCCCGCACAAGCGAGCAUUUGUUUUGUCACAGGGAAUUGUUGGAGAUGACGAGAAUGGAGUUUUGAAAGUGAGUUGCCCCAUGCAUAAGAAGAACUUUGCUCUCGAGACGGGAGAUUGUCUGACUGAUGGACCAGACUUGAAAUUGAUGACUUUCGAUGUAAAAAUCGAGAAUGAGCACGUUUGGUUAUUGGUUCCACCGACGGAAGAAUUGGACAAGUUACUUGGUACAAGUAAGUGGAUGGUUAAAAAGCAUCAUGUUAGGAAGGAGAAAAAUAUCAACAUUAUUGAAAGAGUUGGUCAGGAAGUUGCAUGUGGCGGAUGCGGAGAUAGUAAAUUGGAUUGGUGA